CGAAAUUGAAUUUGAUUGAAUCUUUCUGAUAUCGAUAAAUUAAUCGAACCAAACAAAAAGAAAUGAGGGGAGCUAAUCAGGAUACGGCGACACCGUACUGUCGCUGCAGAGUUCUCUAUUUGGGUAGUUCAGUACCGCAUGCGAGCAAAGAGGGACUCCUAGGCGUUCAGGAGCCUCUGAGAGAACUUUAUCCAGAGCAGGGUGCGUUGGGUGCCCGCGGAAUAGACUCCUGGCUAAGCGUUUGGAGCAACGGCUUACUCUUGGAGAAUGUUGACGAGCAUCGUAAAAAAAUUACGCGAUUCUUCCCUAUAGAAGCGCUUCACUAUUGCGCGGCGGUCAGACAUGUCAAAGGUGGAAACGGAGAUACAUCCAGUACGCGUUUUCUGCCGUUGGAUUCGCCGUUCGCGCGGACGCCCAGCGCGAAUCAUCCACCCCUAUUCGCCGCCGUCCUGCGAAGAACGACCGGCAUUAAAGUUCUCGAGUGUCAUGCGUUCAUCUGCAAACGGGAUAUGGCGGCCAACGCCCUGGUAAGGUGUUGCUUCCACGCUUAUGCCGAUAGCAGCUACGCGAAAGGCUUGGAACCAUCAGCGACGACGAACGGGGUCGCGACAGGUCAUCAAUCGAACAACAGUCUCUAUCACACUCUAGGCGGCUCGAGCACCACUCUGGACAGUCCUCAGGCGACCCGUUUAGACACAGCUUCGACCGACGACCUCAGUCUGUAUAACGGCGAUGAAAAUCAUAAAGUUUGGGCUAGGGGUCGCGACGAAGUCGAUGGUCUUUAUCAGGAACAGGGCACCCUGAGAAGCACGAAGGGAUCCAGACCGCGCCAGUUGAUUGCCCCACCGCCGCCACCACCACCUCCGCCCCCACCCGCUCAACCGUUGUUGCUGGAGGAAUCCUCUUCCGCGCGACGAAAAGCUAAUAAGAAACUUAAGAAAAUGAAGACUCGUUCGUUGCACGAGGAUGCAUUACAACAGCAGCAGCAACAACAACAACAGCAGCUCCUUCAUCAUCAGCUGCAUCAAGGCGUGUACGCCAAUGGCCAUGGACAUCACACCCUGGGUCAUCCUAUCAGGCAGCAACAUUAUCAUCAUCAUCCGCUACCACCCAGCAGUCGAUCCGUCGCCGGUACUUUGGCUAGACCGGCGCCGGUGUAUCUGGUACCAGCAGCCACCUUGCCGCGAAAGAGUCAUCAUCAUCCACGUUUAAGGCCGAUUCCGGCAGCAGCGCCAAUAGUCCCAGUCUAUGCUCCUUUGCCGGUGGUACCGCCGACCGCGGCACCCAUUUAUCCAGCAGCCACGUACGGUACCGCAGGAAACAGAGGCAGACGACACCCGGAGGCGGAUAACUCCACCUUGGGCACAUCUAGAAGGUUAGCUGCCUCUCAUGCGGAUCUCACCGCGCCGGAAAUUGCACGGCAGGCGGAUAGUCCGGAAAACGAGUCCCGCUUUGGUACCGGCAUAUAUCGACGGAAGGGUCAUCUGAACGAGAGAGCCUUUUCUUACAGCAUUCGGGCGGAACAUCGUAGCAGAAGCCACGGCAGCCUAGCCUCCUUGGGAUUCAGCGCGCAGAACGGCAAUGCGCUACCAAAGGAGGAGAAGAAGGAUCGCGAGAUCGCUCAGCUGGUUGCCGGAUUGAACCUCAACGAUGGACCAGAACGGCCGCAGGCUCCAAAUUCGAGAGCGGGAUAUCAUCAUCACCAGCAGCAGCAGAUUCAACCGUUGCCCAGGCCGAGACCCCGUUAA